AUGUUUAUGUUCAACGUUGCUGUCAGUCAACAUGAAGCCCAACUCAAACCCCUCCAAGACGGGAAGGACCUCCAUGAGUCUGCCAAAACAAAGACCUCGUCUCUCCCACAGCUACUACUUCGGUCUCCAACAGAGGAACCCCCAACGAUCCCCAUUCCCGUGAUGAGAUCAUCCAGAGACCUGGUCCCGCCAUCCAGGCUCAAUCACCUACCACCCCCACUGACUGUGUCAGCUCCCCUGCCCCCGCUACCUACUGCAUGGGAAGGCACAGAAGAAAUGAAGAGGUGGCUGCACGCCAAAAUUGAAGAUCGAUGCAAGCAGCAAGAAGAAAUGACACAACAGGCUGACUUGAUACUGGAAUAG